AAAAGGCAACGACCCAAGUCCCAACGGAACUUAGCUGCCGAGCGCCCAAAGCCCCACCGCCGCUCCCAUCAAGCGGCGCUAAAGGUUUCCUCGCCCGCAACGCGAUGCCGAAGAACAAGGGAAAGGGAGGCAAGAACCGGAAGCGGGGCAAGAACGAGGCGGACGACGAGAAGCGGGAGCUGGUGUUCAAGGAGGACGGGCAGGAGUACGCGCAGGUGACGCGGAUGCUGGGCAACGGCCGCUGCGAGGCGCUCUGCAUCGACGGCACCAAGCGCCUCUGCCACAUCCGGGGCAAGAUGCACAAGAAGGUGUGGAUCGCCGCCGGGGACAUCGUGCUCGUCGGCCUGCGCGACUACCAGGACGACAAGGCGGACGUCAUCCUCAAGUACAUGAACGACGAGGCCCGCCUGCUCAAGGCCUACGGCGAGAUCCCCGACAACGUCAGGCUCAACGAGGGCGUCGUUGAUGAGGAGGAAGCCGGCGCGCAGGAUGACUAUAUACAGUUCGAGGACGAGGACAUCGACAAGAUCUGAUGAUCGCCUCUUCCACACGGUCCCUUUCCAUGGUAAACUAAACGUAUGCAAAACAAUUGUAUCCUUCUGUUUUGUGGUGGCUACCAUGACUGAAGAAUGGUAGUCGUGGUGAUGGUAUAAUGAUUUGGGCGGAGAGUACUGUGUAUAAUGAUUUGGGGGCACUUGUUGUGCCCAAUAACCCCAUAUGGUGAUAUAGCAAGUAUGGGACUGAACGAACCGUUCCUCUCCCUUU